AUGAGUGAUCACGCAGAAGAAAACUGCAAGAAAAGCAUUUCUGCCCAGGUAACAUCUGCAGAAGGAAAUUUCUCUCCUAACAACUGCUCAAUAACACAAAAACAAUUGCAACAACUUGAGAAACAAUUAAAAUCCUUAGUCUUUCAAAAUCCAGGACCUCAGGUAGCUGAGUUCAAUCCUGAAGCUAGAGAACAGAAGAAGAAAGCGUGCAUGUUACAGAUGAAAGAAGAUAUUUUUAAUAAGCCCAAAAUUACAAAGAAGUAUGACAAACACGGCAGGCUGCUUUGUAAUAACGUCGAUUUGUGUGAUUGCCUGGAAAAGAACUGCCUGGGUUGCUUCUAUCCUUGCCCCAAAUGCAAUUCAAACAAGUGUGGACCGGAAUGUCGCUGCAAUAGGAAAUGGGUUUAUGAUACAAUUGAGACUGAAGCUGGCAAUGUGAUAAGCACGUUGCCAUUUUCUGUCCCUGACUGAUUUUCUUCUGACAGCAAAGUUCUUCAACCUUCACAUUUUAUUAAAGGAGAUCUUGGCUUUAUGAAUUGUCUCUAGUGAAGUGCCUGGCAGUGGUGCUUGUGCUUC